AUCGCCAUCACCGACUCUUCCUCCUCUCCUUCGCGACCCUACGCUCCCACGUCAUUUCACACUCUCGCGGCCCACCACAGAAUGGCGCUCCCGAGCAACCCCAACGGCAUGAUGGCCAACAUGAACCCCACGGCCGGCAUGUCCGAGCAAGAAGCCCAGAUGACCAAGAUGAUCCAAGCAUCCAUGGAGUCCUGCGUCGGCAAGACGGUCAUGGCGGGCGUCAUGGGCGGCGGCCUGGGCGCCAUGUUCGGCCUGUUCAUGGCCUCGAUGCGCUACGACACGCCCAUGGGCCAGCCGCUGGCGACCGCGCACGCAUCCCCCGUCGCCGCGGGCGCCGCAAGCACCACCGCGAAGGAAGUCGGAAGCACGGCUGCGGCCUCGGCAACGAAAGCAACAGGCACCCCGAUCACAAACGCCGUCAAAGCCGCCGCGACCUCGAGCGCGGCGUCGCCCUCCACACUCCCCACCGCCGCAGCCACGCAAGCCCUCUCCUCGGGCGGAGCCGCAGUAGCAGCGGCGCCCGCGGCGACGAGUCCCUUCGCGCAACCCGGCAUCUCGGAUCUGCCGCUGAAGCAGCAGCUCAAGCACGGGCUGCGGGACAUGUACCGGUCGUCGCUGGCGUCGGGCAAGAACUUCGCCAAAGUGGGCGCGAUAUUCAGCGGGACCGAGUGCGCGAUCGAAGGGCUGCGGGCGAAGAACGACCUUUACAACGGCGUCGCGGGCGGGUGUAUUACGGGCGGCGUGCUGGCGAGGAAUGCGGGGCCGCAGGCGGUCGCGGUCGGGUGUGCGGGGUUUGCGGUGUUUUCGGCCGCGAUUGAUGCGUACAUGCGAAUGCCCGAGGACGAGCGGAGCAGACCGAUUGCGUAGAUGGUCGCGCACGUUUCAUCGAGCAUUGGGCUGUGUGAAAGAGAGAAGGGAGUGUAAUUGUACUAUAUACUACACGCGACUCAGACAGGCGUGGCACGCAUAGCAUUGGGCGGCGUUUAGGAUCUCACUACGAAGACAUGGUUAGCAACGCAGCACAUUCCGAGGGCUCGAGGGCUCGAGCAUUGUUCAAUACAGUGAUUAUCAUCAGGCUGUGCUUAAGGCCUCACGAAGGGUGUCUCACGAAGUGUCUGACAAAACGUUGGAGUAAUUAUACCAUUUCUG